GAACAGAAUUAGAAACGUCUAAUAGCCGCUAGCUACCAUCCCAAUUCUCACGCUCGUCUCCUUCUUUUCCCUCGUCCCGUGCAAAAAAAACAAAGCAACCACCUCCAAAUUAACCAGCGGUGAUAUAACGAGCGAGAAGAAGGAUUAGUUGAAGCAGUUAAGGUCGACGAUGAUUCGAACGCAUUCGUGGUGAUGAUUCUUCCAAAUUUGAUCCUUCAGUAAUCCUAACAAUUCGUCCCCUGUUCUUGCCGAGCAAUUCAAAGAAGAAACAAGUUUCCGGUUUUUUUGUUUAUAAACAAAAAACUUCUGUCGUUGUCUUCUUCUUCUUCAUCUUCUUCUUUAAAGCCGAAUUAGUGCAGAAGAAGGAAAGAGGAAGCUGUGUGUCUGCUUUGAAAUCUGUGCUUUCUUCUUCUUCUUCUUCUUCUUCGAUGGAGGGGACGAGAUGGAGAUGAAGUGCGCGCGGCAUCCACUCGAGGACGGCGUCGGCGUCUGCGCCACCUGCCUCCGCGAGCGCCUACUCGCCCUGCCCGCCGCCAUGGACGAGGGGAUGGGAUCCUCACCGUCCCCUCCUCCGGCGUGGCUCUCCUUCAGCGGCUCUGCCUCCCCCUGCGUUCCCGCAGCGACCGGCGGAAAAUUGACACCCGUUAAGCCCUCCACCACCCCCGAGAGGAAGCACCAGCGAUCGAGCUCUUGGUUCUCGGCGCUUCUCCGCGGCGGCCGCGGCAGGAGUAAGAACUCCUCCCGCCCGGUCUCCUCCUCGGAGGACACCGAGGCGGCGGCCCGCGUGGACCGGGACAUGUCGCCUGAGAAUUGGCUCGAAUCGCCCCUGCCGCAGCCCGGAGGGCUGCUUGGGCGGCAACAGGAUAAUCUGUCGCCGACGUCGGAGCACCACCGUCGCCACUGCCACGGCGGCGGCCUUUCCGGUUUCGCCAUAUGCUUCAACCCGCUGGCGACGGCCAACCCCAACAACAACCGACGCUCCAGGGUGUCGGAGUUCAGCUUCUCCGAAGAGCCGUCGAGGGCGGCUGCCGCGCCCCCACGGCCUCAGCACCGGGUGGGGCCUGCGACAGGGCCGGCGCUGGGGCACGAUCGCUCGUGGAAAUUAGUAGAUAUCGGCAAGUUUAGGUGACAAACUUUGCCUUGAUUGCUGUGAUUUCUCUCGCCUCUUCUUCUUCUUCUGCUAUCGAUUCGUCUACGUAAAAUCUUCAAGUCCGUCGACGGACGGUGAGGGACGUUCAUAAUCACCUUUUACUUGUGUACUCAAAAUCUUAAUUAAUCUUGAUCAAUUACAAAACUA